GUUCCUCCGGGCAUUUGUCAGCUGAGAGACCCUCAACCAUGAUCGCCGUUUUGUGCCUCUUCGCCGCUCUGGUGGGCAACGGCCUUGCCUCGCACUUCCACACGCACGGUCUCUUGUCACCCGGCUACUCCGUGCACGGAGCUCCCUUUGCUGCUAAUCCCGGCGGUGUGCCCUGGACUCCCACCAUCCACAACGUGCCCACCCCGUUCGGCCUCUACUUCACCGGGAUCAGCUACAGGCACAGGUGGCAAGCUCAACCGCCGCACGUGCACAACGCGUGGGGUCUCUCUCCGUACGGUCUCAACUACGGCUACGGGCUACAGACCUUCGGCUAUCCGAACCUGUGGAAGUAAUGUAACAAGAUAUGCUGAAGAACCUACGGAAACCCAACAACCCUUUGCCAAAUGACGACCGGUAUGGGACAGUGUGACAAAGAAGUGCAGUGCUCAUCGUUUUUGACCCUGUUGGUGACAACAUGGUUGAGUUACAAAUAAAAAUGCGGAGUCUCUAAUUUA